GUCUUUUCCUUCGCUUAGGCAAAAGCGUGAGCCGUUCGGCGAGGAAAUAUUACUCUAUAGCCCUGGCCUAGGGAGCGUGGAAGCUUCUCUCUCUCUCUCUCUCUCUCUCUCUCUCUCUCUGAGGGCUUGGGGACUUCUCGCCUCUCCUUCAUCCCUCGCCGCCUCGGUGAAAUUUCUCUUGGGUUCGAGGCGGCGCGACGGGAAUCGACCGAAAUUGGGGGCUUUUGUGCAAUUGGGCGGUUCCGAUCGGGCUUGGAUCCGUGAAAUCUCCGUUAUCGGAUAAUAUCGGAGGGAUUUCUUAAUUAUCUUAUGCAGGGAUUUCUCAAUUUGCUUCUUUUGGUUCACAGCUGAAAGCAACCAUCCUCUUUCUUACAGUUUAUCUUUUACAUAGUUGAGAUAUAUGGGCUGACUCUAGAAUUUCAUGGGAGGUGUAGAUGACAAUGAACCACCACUAAAACGCGUGAGAGUGCCUACGGUGGAAUCAGGGAGCCUUUUGAAGAACUCACCUUUUUCAGAGCCUGUCAUUUCUUUGGGAGGCCCAAUGGCCAGACCUUUAGCAUCAGAAGGAAAAGAAGACAUAAUUGGUUCUAAAGGUGUUAUUAAGAAAGUGGAAUUUGUUAGGAUCAUUACAAAGGCUUUAUAUUCUCUUGGUUAUGAGAGAAGUGGUGCAGCUUUGGAGGACGAGUCAGGAAUAUACUUGCAUUCAUCUGUGGUAAAUCUUUUUAGGAAACAAGUGCUUGAUGGGUAUUGGGAUGAAAGUUUGGUUACAUUGCGGAAAAUAGAUCACUUGGAUGAGAAUAUUCUGAAGUCUGCAUCUUUUUUGAUAUUAGAGCAAAAAUUUUUUGAACUUCUGGGGAAGAAUAGAAUUAUUGAUGCUGUAAAGAUGUUGAGAAGUGAGAUUACUCCUCUUGGCAUCAAGAGAGAACGGGUACACGAGCUUUCUGGUUGUAUUGUUUCUUCUUCAAAGCUUGCUUUACUUGGAUUUGCUAAUGUGGGUACAGAGACUGCAAACUCACGGAUGAAGCUGCUAGAGGAAUUGCAGAAGUUGUUUCCCCCCACAGUUAUGAUACCCGAGAGGAGGUUGGAGCAUCUGGUUGAACAAGCUCUGAAUGUGCAGCGUGAUGCUUGUUAUUUCCACAAUUCAUUGGAUAGUACACUGUCCCUAUACACUGAUCAUCAGUGUGGAAAGGAGCAGAUACCUUCUCAAACAACACAGGUACUGUUUGGACACCAUGAUGAAGUAUGGUUUUUGCAGUUCUCAAAUAAUGGGAAAUAUUUAGCAUCAUCAUCAAGUGAUGGAUCUGUUAUUAUAUGGGAGGUUCAUGAAGAUGGAAGAAUUUCAUUGAAGCAUAAGCUAACUGGUCAUGACAAACCUGUCAUAAUGGUUGCCUGGAGACCUGAUGACUGCCAGCUUCUCUCCUGUGGCAUGGAAGAGGUCGUCAGGCGCUGGGAUGUUAUCUCUGGAGAAUGCCUCCAUGUAUAUGAAAAAAGUGGGCUUGGUCUUAUUUCUUGUGCUUGGUUCCCAGAUGGAAAACAGUUGCUUUGUGGUGUAACUGACCAGAACAUCUCCUUGUGGGAUUUGGAUGGAAAAGAACUGGAAAGUUGGAAGGGGCUGCGAGCAACUAGAACAUCAGAUAUUGCUGUCACAAAAGAUGGCAAAUGGAUUAUAAGCAUGUGUAGGGAGACUGCCAUAUCUUUGCUUGAUAGGGAAGCAAAACGAGAACAUCUCAUUGAAGAGGAGCAAACAAUUACUACAUUCUCACUCUCGAAACAUGAUAAGUUUUUGCUGGUAAAUCUUCUAAACCAAGAGAUCCAUUUGUGGAGCAUAGUUGGUGAGCCAAUGCUUAUAGCCAAAUAUAAAGGUCACAAGCGUAGCCGACUUGUAAUAAGGUCCUGUUUUGGGGGAUAUGAGCAGGCAUUUGUUGCAAGUGGAAGUGAAGAUUCACAGGUGUACAUAUGGCACCGGGCCGGUGGGGAUCUCAUACGGGCAUUACCUGGGCAUGCCGGUGCCGUCAACUGUGUCAGCUGGAACCCAUCAAAUCAUCAUAUGUUGGCAUCAGCUAGUGAUGACCAUACAAUACGUGUAUGGGGAUUAAACAGGGUUAACCUGAAGCGGAAGGACGCUGGUUAUCAUUGCAACGGAGUGGUCCACCAGUGCAAUGGAAACAGAAAAUGAACAUGCAAAUAUGGAGCAUGGAGAACUUUAAAAGGAAUUUCUUUGAUCAUUCCUUCAUUGACUGUACAUUCUUUUACUUGGUUCUUUCGUGACAUGCAUAGCAGACGAGGCCUGUAAAUAUAAGGCCGCUAUCUCUGCCAAUAAAUCGUGUACUUCGACUCUUUUUCAGUCUGUCCAUUUAUUUUCCUAAUCGAAUCAGUCUUCUUGUUUCGUGCUUAUUUAA